AUGACUGACACUCUUAGACCUCCUUCACUCCAGGUGAGUGUGCCAAAAGAUGCUCCAGCGUACUCAGAUGGAGGAAGCAAUGCUGUGUCAGAUGGCUCUGUGCGGUCCAGCUCUUCAACCCCAACCCUCCGCCGCAAACGCUUCAAAAUGCGCCGGAUGAGGAACGUGCCCAGUGAAAGGGAGAUCGAAAGAGGGCGGCCGACGAAUUGUCAUCUUACGGCCAGAUCCCGCUCCAGCUCCAAGGAGUACCUUCAGUUGCCUUCCAUUGAGAUCACGCCAUCGAGCGACGAAGAUGCCACUUCUUCCUGGUCGAGAUGCUCCACACCGAGUGCAUCUCCUCGGCGCAAGCGUUUCCUGUUAAGGAAGUGGCUGAAGGUCAGAGAGAAGAAGGAGCAAGCCAGUGAGAGCAGCAGCCAGCAAAGCAGUCAGCAAAGCAGCCUGCAGAGUAGCCAUGAAGAUGAAGGCACUCGCUUCUUGACUCCAUUAAUCCGAGAGGAGAGGUCUGACAGUGCAGCGGACAAAAUAAGCACUGCCAGUAACUCAAACAAGAGCACGCCCGCCUGCUCACCAGUCCUGCGAAAACGCUCGCGCUCUCCCACACCACAGAGCCAGGAGGGUGAGAACAUGGUGGAGAAGGGUUCAGACCACUCCUCUGACAAGUCCCCCUCCACACCUGAGCAGGUUGUCCAGAGAACGUACUCUGUGCAGUCAGCACGAAGCGGAGGAAAGAACUCAAAGUCUCACAAGCGACUUUCCAAAUAUGACAGGCUAAACCUGAUUAAAAAGAGCCAAAGCUGGUACAACCAUGAAAGACAGCACAUCCUGAGAGUGCUGAGCCCAACAUACAAGCAGCGAAAUGAGGACUUUAGGAAACUCUUCAAGCAGCUCCCUGACACAGAGAGACUCAUUGUGGACUACUCCUGUGCUCUUCAGCGGGACAUCCUCCUGCAGGGACGACUCUACCUCUCUGAGAACUGGAUCUGUUUCUAUAGCAACAUUUUCCGCUGGGAAACACUGCUGACAGUGCGGCUAAAGGACAUCUGCUCAAUGACAAAGGAGAAGACUGCCCGCCUCAUUCCCAAUGCCAUCCAGGUCUGCACAGACACUGAAAAGCACUUCUUCACCUCAUUUGGAGCCAGGGACAGGACAUACAUGAUGAUGUUCAGACUGUGGCAGAAUGCACUGCUUGACAAGCCUCUGUGCCCGAAAGAGCUCUGGCACUUUGUUCAUCAGUGCUAUGGCAACGAGCUCGGCCUAACCAGUGACGACGAAGACUACGUUCCCCCUGAUGACGACUUUAACACCAUGGGGUUCAGUGAGGAAAUUCCCAAUGAAGAGAAUGAGAUCAACAAUGACAACUUGUCUAAGAACAAUGUAGAAGCCAAGCCUGAAGGGAGCCCUCCUCCUGUACAAAAGAAGAUCAUCCCAAACAGCACCAUCCCCAGCCCUGGCAACCAUGACACCAUCACAUUUGACCUCCCAGCUGAGGAAUAUGCAGACUGCCUACCAGACGGUGAGCUGCUGGCUGUGCCUCUGGUGGUGGAGGAGAAGAACGAGAGCAGCGGGCCUGUUGGUCCUGUUCCAUCUCCAUCACUGGACUUUAAUGACAAUGAAGACAUCCCCACUGAGCUCAGUGAUUCUUCAGAAACUCAUGACGAGGGAGAGGUACAGGCCUUCCACGAGGAUCUCAAUGGCAGGCAACAUAUCAACGAGAUCUACAAGUUCAGUGUGGACAAGCUCUAUGACAUCCUUUUCACAGAGUCUCAGUUCAUGAGUGACUUUAUGGAACAGAGGCGAUUCUCAGAUAUAGUGUAUCACCCAUGGAAGAAGGAAGAAGAUGGGAACCAGACGAGAGAAAUCAUGUACACCAUCUCUCUGUCCAACCCCCUGGCUCCUAAAACAGCCACCGUCACUGAGACACAGACUCUAUACAAAGCCAGUCAGGAGAGUGAGUGUUACAUCAUUGACGCUGAGGUUAUCACACACGACGUCCCCUAUCAUGAUUACUUCUACACGCUCAACCGCUACAUGCUCACAAGGGUGGCCAAGAACAAGUGUCGGUUACGGAUAUCAACGGAGCUGCGUUACAGGAAACAGCCGUGGGGGCUGGUAAAAGGCUUCAUAGAGAAGAACUUCUGGAGUGGGCUUGAAGAAAACUUCCGCCAUCUUGAGUUGGAGCUGUCCAAGUUGGAGGAGAUACUGAUGGAGACGCACCAACUGUCUCCAAAGGCAAAAGUGGUAAAGAACUCCACAGUGAGGCGCAAGAAGAGGCCGCUUCCCCACAUGCGCAGCCAGCAUCUGGAUGAGGCCCUCAGCCCUGUUACCACGCCGACAGAUGAGGAAGUGAUCCAGAGGAUCAAACACGUGGCGGGCUCCACACAAACGAGACACCAGAGUCCAGAACACCUGCCCGGAGGCUUCGCUCUGUACAGCGUCUCCAAACUGCUGCUCAUCAUCAGCUUUGUGAUCUGUCUCAGCCUGGUCCUGCUUGUGUUCCUCAACAUGAUGCUCUUCUACAAGCUGUGGAUGCUGGAGUACUCUGCACAGUCCUUAACAACCUGGCAAGGUCUGCGGUUUCACGAAAGUAAACUGCCUCAGACGCAGAUGGAAUGGGCCCAACUCCUGGAGGCACAGCAGAGGUACCACGAUGCCGAGCUGCAAAAGUGGAGGGAGAUUAUCAAGUCAUCCGUAGUGCUGCUAGACCAGAUGAAAGACUCUUUAUUGAACCUCCAGAGAGGCAUUGGUUUAAGGGACUACAGCUCUGAGGCUGAGGAGAAGAGGAGUCGCUAUCACUGACAUGCCACCAUCAGGCCAUGAGGGCAUGCUGUGCAAUACAGGACCUGUUUUCUUUGUGAACCAGUAUGCCGGCAGCAGCGAGACAGAGGGAGGACAGAGAGGGUGGUGGGACCAACAGCAGAUCAACAGACAAAAAGAGAGGAACAGUCAUCUCUAGCAUACGGAAGUUAAAACCACCCCUAGAGGAGGAAAUCAUGGACAGAAAGUGUCCCGAUCACACACAGGAACUGAGGUAUCCCCAGCAUCACUGAGGCAUUGCAGGAAGGUGCGAGACUUGCUUCCUCUAAACACCGUUGGGAUAACCGUUUCCUUCUUCUCUCUUAAUUUACAAGUGCGUCCUACUGUAAGCCAUGUGAACCAGGAGUGUGGCAGAGAGAAUGAAGGAAAACUUCUGCAUGCAUUUAGACAACCUAUCUCCCCUCAGUCAGUGUUAAUGUGGUCCAGUUCCAGUCUAUGUGUGUCAAAAAAAAAGAACAGAAGAAGAGGAGAGGUUGAGUCAAAGAAAAGGGGGGAUCCUUUUGAGUCUUAACGGCUUUCUGCACUCUCCGACUGUUCCAAACCAAUCGUACCCUAGAGGUCCUCGCUGCAGCGCCCCUUCAGUAAACCUCCAGGUGAUCAGAGGACAGGUUCACUCCACAAGAGAAAAAGAAGUAUUGUAGCUGGGAGAUCAGCUUCACUGAUCAGCCCUUAUUGCCUUGUUUGAGCCUGGACUGCGUGGGUUCUGUCAGGGCUGGUUCCCCGACAUACCACUGUGUUGAAACAUUUAAAGGUAGAACAUAAGAUUGAUAAGACACUAUCCUGUCACAGUGUUACCUACCUUAUGUUGCAUUAUUUGUCAUCCUUCUGAUGAUGUCGAAUGUAUUAGUCUGGGAGAAAAAAAAAAGGCUGAACUUUGAUCACAACUUGUUAAACUCUGAAACAGGGACGCUGCAGCCAGGCCAGUGGGGAGUCCUGUGUUCUUACAUGUUUUAUUACUAAACUGUGAUUAUAUCUCUUUGAAAAUGUUUCAAAUUGGAAAGAAUUCAUGAAUAUAUUUGAAAUAUAUAAGAAUAUUUCAUUAUUUAAUAAUAUAUAUAUUUCAAAAUAUAUAAAAACGUUACCUAUAUUUAUUGUUAAUUUAUGUACAUACAGAAAUUAUCAGAGCUCUAGACCAGUUACAGAAUUUCUAACAAAAAGUGUUUUCUUCUAAAGAUGCAUGCCAGAUAUGUCUGUGACAUGUCCAGUGUGCAAGUAUGAUUCUUCAUUUGCGCGAUUAUGUUCGCGCAUGUGUGUGUGAGUGUAUGUGUGUGUGUGUGUGUGUGUGUGUGUGUGUGUGUGUGUGUGUGUGUGAGUGAGUGUGUGUGAGACGGUGUGCGCACAAGUGUGUGCGGGAAAAGUGUAACAUUUUUACCAUUCCAUAUGUGUGUGUUUCUUUUCUGGCUCCUCCAGCCAGGCUGCCUUUUUUUUUUUUUUUUUAAUGCUGAUGCGUUUGGAUGCUGCCUUGCAUUAAUCCCACCAGGGUGCAGCUUCACAUUUGAAGAGUUUUGUUCCAAAAUGAUGUAUCAAACAUUUGAAAACAGCUUCUGCUACCACUGUUCCAGGGAGUUGAUUGGUUAGGUAAUGUAACUUUGUGGCUCUAUAGUGUGGGGGGGUUAAACAUUUGGCUUAGAAGUAAAUGAUCCCUGGCUCAAUCCCAACAGUAAACACAGAUCCCUUUUGGAUUUGUGCAGUGUAAAAAAUUCUGCUAAAUCAAAAUGUGCAGAGCUACCUGCUGUGACAACCCUUUGUGAAUAAGGGAGCAGCUGAAAGUAACUCUACAUCUGGUUAGAUAAAGCUUGUGGCAGGAAAAACAACAUCAAAGAAAUCUUUUUUUUUUUUCUCAGAUAACCUUUUUUUUCUCUUGCAAAUGGAUACAUGAUUUUUGGAGAUGAACCCUUCAUGUACCUUGUGAGCAACUCUUCUGUUCGUGUUGCCACAUUAGUGGUUUUACCGCUGUCUGCUAAACAGGAAGAGUUUUUGACAUUUUAGGAAAUGUGUGCAUUUGCUCUCUUUUUGUAAGUUGGAUGAUUAGAUAUAUACUGCUAAUUAAAUAAGUAAAUACGAAACCAGACAAAAUUAAGCCUAACAAUUUUUUCUCAGUCUUUAUAAGUUUAGAUCUACCUUCAUAGCUGGAAUAUAGAUAUGAUCUUUUCAUCGUACUCUCAGUAAAAAAAAAAAUAAAAGAGAGGGAGAAUAAGCACAUUCCUCAAAAUCAAAAUCUCUUCCUUUAAAAACACCUGCGUUAACUCAAAAUAUACACGACCUUUCCCCAUUUCAAGUUUCUGUCUUGGAUGUAACGAAAGCAUGAGAAUUAACUUUAUGCAACUAAAUUGAACCAAAAGAUAGAAGAAGAAAUGUACUUUCACAAAUGAUCAUAUUGUUUUAAAUGAAGUAUUUAUAAUGUCAUAUGUCAUGUACUGGUUAGGUGCAGUAAGGAGCAUCUCUUCACAGUUUGUCCACAAAGAUCCCUUACAGCUGACAGACUUCAGCACUUCCAAAAUAAGAAACAACUUCCUUGUAUGAGAAAGUGAAGCACUUUAAGUCCUUUUCAGGUACUGAAUAAAAGAAAAGGAAAAUGGUUUAGUUUGGCGGCAAAGGCAGGGUUGGGGAAUCAUUUCUAUGGUGUGUGUCACCAAAUUUGAAAACCACACUGCUCAUUUACAGCUUCCAAACGUUUAAUGCUAAAAUAGCUAUUAAAAAAGUGGUGUUAGUAUACUGGGUUAUACAUUCACCUAACAAGAUCCCCGGUUUGAUCCCGGAUCCCUUUUGGGGUUGCUCAGGAAGGUCAUCCAGUGUUUAAAAAAUCUGCCAAAUCAAAUAUAUGGAGCUACCUGCUGUGGCAACCCCUUGUUAAUAAGGGAGCAGCUGAAAGCAGCUAUUGAAAAGAAGAAGAAGAAGAAGAAAGAAAAGAAAACAGUGUUACUUUUGCUCAGAUUUAAAUAUUGAGAUCUUCAAAACACGUCCCAAAAUAAGUCUGACACCCCUUCUCAUCCAUUUUCAGGGCAAAGUGGGGGUGAGCGGUUGGUAAGAGGGGGAAACGGAUAUCUUUAGUGCGUGCCUGUGUGCCGUGUUAUUGACUGACAUAUUGAAAGCAGCAGAAACGCUCGAGGACUGGAUCGCUGCUUCGUGUGAGUGUGUUCCGUUUGAAGAAGGCGCAGUAACGAUAACACACAGAAACCUUAAGAUGUGAAUGUGAGUGGUUUGAAAUGUUUUCUGUUUCAUGCAAAUCACCUUCACAAUCCCGAAGGCACUGAAAUGAAGUGAAGUGAUGCUUCAUGUAUAUGAUGGUGCAUAUACAUGAAAAUAUAAUUUAAAUGCUUUAAGAGUUUGUUUUCAAGUGUAGUGGUUAGAUUUUUUUUUUUUCCUCUUCUGUUUUUUUUUUGUUUUGUUUUUUUCUUUCUAAUAAGCUUUGAGGGAGACGUGUUAAAUGCUCGAUCAAGACGGUUUUACUGAUAAUUUCAGUGUCAAGACUGAGUGAAACAGAACAACACACACCCACCUCAGUCCAAGUCAGAUGCUGGAUCAGGCUUUUGAGGAACCUUUCACAACAGCAGACCUAAAUUUGGUUUCACAAAUCUCAGCAAUUAUGCAAAUUUGUUGCUUUUUUUUUUUCUCAUUUUUAACAGCAAAUUUAAACAAAUCUAAGUUUCAUUCUCAAGCAAUCAACACCUAUGUUUUAUUUUUUAUUUUUUUCAUUCACUCUUUCUCUCCUAGCAUGCACUCACGCAGUUAAUCUGUGUUAAUCGAAUGAUUGUAUGGUUGCUAUCGCUGCACAACUGUGGAACCAAGGUGGUCUGGGAGAUUUUGUCACUGACAACUAAUGGAGUUACUGUAUGUGCUUUGUUAACUGUAUCCAUUGGGCAUUUGCCUUGCUGCAACAGUGGCAAGGCAACAGUGCUAUCCAUGCAACACAGUACUGACUAACAGCCUUGGUUAACACACAGUAGGAAUCACACGCAACCUCCUGAAAACGACCACUGAUUAAACCCACGCUCGUGUUGGAGCGUGUCUUGAUAAAAAUAUGUACUGUGUAGUUCUGUUCAAGAAGAAUUCUACUGUAUGUUUUUUUUUUAAAGGUUUUGACUUUUAGUGAAAUUUCUACAUGAGAUAAAUAUGCUGUAUGUAUAUGUUGUGUAUAUCUGCAGUGUGCACACGCACACUGACAAAAGAAUCCAACCUGCGCUGCGCGUAGGUUUUGACUUGCUGAUGACGUUUGCCUCAUAGAGACUGAAGAUAAAAGUGGCUUUCUGGUUCAUGUGAAGUAGAGGUUGGAAAUUUGAAUAAAGAAAAAUACUAAACAAAUGGCA